AGGUCCAUGAGCAAGGGGACAAAUCAGUAUAAAAAAUCCCUCUCAAAAACAUUGCGCCAAACAAAAGAGGUAGUUGAUAACAUCAUUGAUGACAUCGACAUCUCAGAGAAAUAUAUAAACCAAAAGAAUUUAAAAGUUAAGCAGAGGCUAAAUACUUCAAGACAACCCAAAAGGAAAAAUCGAUUAAGAAUGAGUACAAAUCAAGAUUCUCUUUCUUUAACAGUCCGAAAUAAUGAUUUGAAUACUGUGAAACCCAAAAGGAUCAAUAACUCUUCUAGUCAUCUAAUCCCAGCUCAACCUCAAAGUAGCAACAAAUUAAGCACUAGUGGGACUUCUAGAAGGAAGAAAUUAGGAAGUAGACAUCGAUAUUUCAGAAGUUCAGUAGAUUCUAAACCAUCUAAAGUUUGAUCAAACACAUUCAUCACAGAAGUAAAGUAUAAAGAGAUGAUGAAUGCUACCUUGCAAAGCUUUGAUAUAAAAACACUAGAAGAGAGUACUGAAAAUCAAGAUUAUACUCCUCUUGAAGACACUCAGCUUUCAUGGAGAAAAAACGAGCUUCGUGCUUCCCUCUAUCUUGAAUCUUGGAACUUAAAAUUUUUCUCAAAGUCAAAACUAUCCCAUGACAGAAAGAUCUCUCAUUACGAAAGAGAAAAGUUCAGAUGCCAAAAAUAAGCUAGAUUACCUGCAAAAUCAAAAUAGGAAGAAAUUAGAGCUGCUUCAAAAGCUCAAAUAUAAAGACUUAAAGAUCUGGAAAGCAAUCAACUUCAAUGACAAAUUCUCUGAUAAAGUCUCAGAGAUUGGGUACGACACAGAUCUGCAAGCUCACCUCAAGUUGACAGAGAAUGCCUUUAUACAGGAGGAACUUGAAGACCUCCCCCCUUGGAGUCCUCAGCGUAAAAAGGCAAAAGCAAAAGCAAAAUCAACAAAAAGGAAAAUGAUGGAGUACCUGUCAAAUGCUCACCCUCAAGAAAAGCAAAAACCAAUUUUAGCAAAACGAUUAAGAGAAGUAAAGAAUUCAAUAGAUUCCCAAUUUUGAUGGGACCAGAAAGGACAAGAAUUAGACAAAAAGCAACUUCUUAAUAUUAAAGAAAGACUUAAGGAGGAACUAAGAGUUUUUUCACAAAAAGUUAAUGCCAUCGAGCCUGAAAUCCUUGCAUAUGAAAGAGAAGAGAAUACUCUCAAAAGAAUAAACUUUCUUGUUUCCAGUAGGAACAAUGUUCAAGCAAUCAGAGAGUUAGAAUUAAAAGAUAAAAUUGAACUCAAAGGUGUAAAACAAAAAUUACUUUCGGAUCUUAAUGAUGAGUAUACUGCCAAUAAUACAGAUCUCGCAUUGUCCUUUGAGCCUGAAGAUACUACUUUUAGGCUAAAGCAUGAAAGUGACGUCAGAACAGUUAAAAACCUGAGCAAAGAGUUUUGCAUGAUUGACAAGCUCAUAUUUUUGCUACAUAUCUCAACUUAUUCAAACAAGAAAGGAGGAGAUAAGAAGUUUACCUUCAACAGCACUUCUCGAAUCCAAUUAUUUAACCAACUUAAGUCUCUUUUCCAAGAUCACAAGAAGUUAUUAAACCCAAAAACAGGCCUCAGUUACAAAUAUCAAUACAAUGAAGACAUUUUUGAAUAUUCAGAGUACUUGAAAAUAUUUAUGGAAGACCUCCAUAAAUAUGAAACCUUAUGGGAUGAAUGUAAACAUCUAACUCAAGAUGACCUGUAUGGUGCUUCUACUCGUUGAAUUGAAACAGUCAUUGAAAUGAAUUCACGCACUGGACAGUACCAAUACCUAAAUGCCCACAUUAAAGAUAAGCGAGAUCUUUAUGAACACCUAAAAUCCAGAAGAGACUUAUACAAAAUAGAGCAUAAAUAAAUCAAUAAAGGUCACGGUUCGUAAUCCAGGUGAACAUUUUAUCAAAACAAUUGACUCUCAGACAAUGAUGGAGAACAAGCUUCUCAGAAUAAUAGACACAAACGUAAUUGUAAAGAACCAAUUCUUUAAUUGCUUUGCAGCCUUAAAAGCUAUUAAAGUUUGUUCCUUCGACAAACUUAGAAAAAUAAGCACCCUUGUUUCAAAGAUUAACGUUAACGGAGGUAUGGGAUUGAGCCAGGACCAACUAAAUCCUACAAAUAAAUAAGCCAGGGAUGUGAAUCAGAAUUCCUAAGAAACAUUCUAAGACUAAAUAUUCUGUGAGAUCUAUCCCUCUGACCCCUUCUUCAAUUCCUAAAAAGAAAAUGCAUAGUGGGGAAGCAUCGUUAAAACCACAUAACCCAAAAUCAAAAUACUUGAAGCCUAAAGGAACCAAUUUCUGUCAAAGAAAAUCUUCAAAUACUACCAAAAAUCACUUAGCAAGGUCCCAAAGAGUCAAUCACACCAACCAGUCCAGCCUAAAACCCUCUAUUGACUCUCUUUCAAAAACUUUGAUGGGAAGAAUCCAGCAUCUGGUCGAUGGCCUAGAGGAUAGUGACUCUAGUAGUGACAGUAGUGGGGAGGGAGAGGAGGAAACGGUGGUCAGGAUAGCCAAGAUUACAAAAGAUAUCAAGAAGAUUAUUGAUACUAUGGAGAAAGGGAUCAUGCAUUUGAAAGAUGAGGUUAAGCUUGAACAAAAUGAAGGUUAUGAACCAGAUGAGUAUCUUUCUCAGCAAAAUUUCAACUGGUAUCUUAGAAGAAUGGUGCCUGCUUCUAUAAAUAAGACCAAGAUCGGAAGAAACAAAAUUGAAAUUAGGCCAGCAAAAUCAGAACAUAGAAAAUCAUUAAGCUCUUCAGUGAGAGUUCUAAACAAAGAAAGUCAAGGAACGAAAAUAUCUAAACCUGAGACUUCCAGAAAUUGAAAUAGAAUUUGUGUUUCUCAAGAAAGGAAUUUUAGACACAAAGCAAUAGAAACUCUAUCCAAAUUUGAGAAAGAAGAAACGAAAUUUAAUGCAAACCUGUUUGGAAAGAUUUCAAAUUUUAAAUAAAUCAUAUUCAAAACAGAAGCAAGAUCAAUAUAAUAUCAGGGCUAAAAUGAUGUUUAAAAGGGUACCCCAAAAAGAAGAUUCUGAUAAUCUUAACUAUUCGAAGUCUGGUUUGUCAAUAAUCCAAAGUAUGCUACCUAGCAUGUCUGACACAGCAAGCAAAGCCUCCAAGCAGUCAAUGAGAAGUAAAAGAAAAUACCCUGAAAAGAAGCCAGUUAUAAAGGCAGAGAACAGUUCUUUCUCCCAAAAAUAAGGAACUAAAUUUAUAAAAAGAGAUCUAAAUAUAGAUCCUCAGA